CGCGUUGCGGUUGCGGUUGCGAGAGAAUCCAUCACUCGCGACCUCUGCGCAGAUUCUCCUUCCUUCCUUCCUCCUCCUCACGGAAAUCAAUCGGAUGCUUUAAGUUACUCCGCACCGGAAAAGCCAACCUAGUUCUCGCUUAUCUCGCUUCCCAAUGGACGGCCGAAUGCAAGAAGAAGAAGUGGAUGCGGUCGCAGCGCUGGUGGUCAAGUCUGGUGGUUAAGCCUCCUCUCGGAAGUAGUGCAGUAGCUCCCGCAGCGGCUAGAUCGACAGUGUUCCCCUGCAGCCCCCUUCGCUAACGGUGCUGGUGAUGAUCAAAAGUAGAUUUUUAUGAGAGGAGGAGGGGGAAUGGCAGGGUUUGUUGUCGUCUAGUGGAUAGAUUAGAUUCGGCAGUUGGGGUGGGGUGGAGUGCGGCGUGGUGUAGUGUGGUUUAGUCUAAGACUGGGCUCUUGGAGGCGGGUUUGCGGAGUUCAUCAGUGUUGUUUUUGUUGGUGUUGGUGUUGUUGGUGUUUUCGUUUAGUGUGAAGAGAUGAAUUCUCUCAAGGAGAUGACGCUUGGCGUCUCAGCUCCUUUUGCGGCCUUCGAUGGAUUGAGGGUGAGCGCCGCGGGGCAGCAGCGGGCGACAGUUCGUGGUGUGUCGUUGCCCGGUUCUCUUGACGUCAGGGCCGUGGCCACGCCCGUGAAGCCACCCACAACAAUGCCCCCGAAGCGGAGCAAGGUCGAGAUCAUCAAGCAAAACAGUGACUUUCUGCGCCACCCCUUGAAGGAGGACCUCACGACAGACGCUCCAAACGUUAGCGAGGACGCCGUGCAACUCAUCAAAUUCCACGGGAGCUACCAGCAAGACAACCGUGAGCUCCGAGGCCCCGGUAAAAAGGCCUACCAAUUUAUGCUCAGGACCAAAAAUCCUUCCGGAAUCGUCCCCAACCGCUUGUACCUUGUCAUGGACGAGCUCGCAGACAAAUAUGGUAUCGGCACGCUGCGUCUCACCACCAGGCAGACAUUCCAGCUACAUGGAGUCCUCAAGACCGACCUGAAAACCGUGAUGAGCAGCAUUAUUCACAACCUGGGCUCUACUCUGGGAGCCUGCGGUGACGUUAAUCGAAACGUUCUGGCCCCUGCAGCGCCUUUCAAAACCACAGAGUACAUGCACGCCACAGAGCUGUCGACCAAGAUUGCCUCAUUGUUAGCACCCCAGGCUGGCGCUUAUUACGACAUUUGGGUUGAUGGGGAGAAGAUUACUCAAGACGAGCCGGAGGAUGUGACCCUGGCUAGGAAUGAUAACUCCCAUGGGACCAAUUUUGAGGAUUCUCCCGAGCCGAUUUAUGGAAUACAGUUCCUGCCACGGAAGUUUAAGAUUGCGAUCACUGUGCCCGGGGAUAACUCUGUUGACGUUUUGACUAACGAUAUCGGAAUCGUUGUCGUUAGCGACGAGCAUGGCGAAGUGGAAGGUUACAACCUUUAUGUGGGAGGAGGAAUGGGGAGAACUCACCGCAAUGAGGCGACCUUCCCUCGGCUGGCUGACCAAUUAGGCUUUGUGUCAAAGGACGAUAUCCUGUACGUAGUGAAGGCAAUUGUCGCCACCCAGCGGGACUAUGGCCGCAGGGACGACCGUAGAAUGUCGCGCAUGAAAUAUGUAGUUGAGGAAUGGGGAAUCGACAAGUUCAGGACAGUAGUGGAACAAUAUUUUGGCAAAAAAAUUCAACCAUUUAAGGACAUCCCGGAGUUUAAAUUCCAGAGCUACUUGGGGUGGCAUGAGCAGGGAGAUGGGCAUUUGUUUUUUGGUGUACACGUUGAGAACGGUCGCAUUAAGGGAGAAGCAAAGAAGGUCCUGCGGGAGGUGAUUGAGAAGUACAGUUUGAAUGUUCGCAUCACUCCCAAUCAAAACAUGAUCCUCUGCGAUGUCCGCCCUUCGUGGCGGCCGCGAAUCACCAAGGCUCUUGCUGCUGUUGGAUUGGUGUCACCAAGGUACGUGGAUCCAUUGAAUGUGACAGCAAUGGCAUGCCCAGCGUUGCCACUGUGCCCACUUGCCAUUGCAGAAGCUGAGCGAGGAGCACCUGACAUUCUGAAAAGAAUCCGGAAUCUUUUUGAGAAAGUGCGAUUAAAGUCCACGGAAUCGCUGGUGGUGAGAAUUACCGGCUGCCCUAACGGGUGUGCUAGGCCAUACAUGGCAGAGCUCGGACUAGUUGGUGACGGCCCAAACAGCUACCAGAUAUAUCUAGGUGGAUCUCCAAACCAGACGAGGUUGGCAGAAUCUUUCAUGGAAAGAGUGAAGUUGGAUAAGCUAGAAUCAGUGCUGGAACCUCUUUUUUACAUGUGGAAAUCUCAGCGGCAAGUUGGCGAGUCAUUCGGCGACUUUUCCUUCAGACAGGGGUUUGGCGCUCUCAAGACCUACAUUGAGAAUUACACUGAACCUCGCAAGUCUCGCCGGAAAGUAGGUGUUUACUUAGACACAGACGUGCAUGCCAAUCUGUCAAAGGCAGCUGAAGGGCAAGGUGUCAGUGCUUCGCAGCUUGCUUCAAAAGUGCUUGCUGAAUUUCUCCAUCAAGGAGACAGCUGAUACCUGAGCAACAACCUUGCUCAGCGUGCUUUUCGAGGCUAUGUUUCAAGUGCAGAGAAAAGAGUUUGGGGCUAGGGCGACAAUUUUUUGACGUUGAUUUGGAUCCCUGAAUACUGUGGAGUGCUGUGGUUUAGGGGAUCAUCAAGUUCCUUGCACAGCCCAAAGCAAAGUAUUUGGGCUUUUCAAGCUGAGUUUCAUUUACACUCGAUUGUGAGGUACUCGAGCAAUAAUAUGUAACAUGUUACACCUUUCCCAAUAAGUUGUUAUAGCUGUAUCAAAAAAGUUCAGAGCAGCACCUUAGCAAAUAGUUGCCUUUUAAUCUCGUAGAUGAAUGGAUAACAUUAUCAAGGAUUUGCACACGAAAAGAAGAGAAUAGACAGUAAUAACAUAUUGCAAAAUUUAUGAUGUCGCUACAUAAUUGUUGAUCCA